AUGUCAGCAGCACCAAAAUCAUCAUCGAAACUGAGAAGAGAGGCCAAGCAAGCCGAACGUCUUGCUGCUAAGGGUCAAGCUCCCAAGUCGAAAACCUCUAAGAAUGACAAGGACAAAGAAGUCGAUGGUGUAACUACUGACAUUUCCCAAUUGUCCACUGAUGAUCCUAUUUUUGAAAGAAGUGCUUCUGGUGUAUUGAUUAGUCAAUCCAUGAGUCGUGAUAUCAAGAUUGACAGCUAUACACUCUCUUUCCACGGCCGUCUCUUGAUUGAGAACGCCAUUGUGGAACUUAACCACGGUCAACGUUAUGGUUUAUUGGGUGAAAAUGGAUCCGGUAAGAGUACUUUCCUUGAAUCUUUGGCUGCUCGUGAUGUUGAGAUCCCUGAACACAUUGAUGUUUAUUUGCUUAAUGCUGAGGCCGAACCCACUGACAUUAAUGCCGUCGAGUAUAUCAUUAGAUCCGCAAAGCAAAAGGUUCAAAAGCUUGAACUUGAAAUCGAAGAAUUGUCCACAGCUGAUAAUGUUGAUGACGUUUUGCUUGAAAGUAAAUAUGAAGAACUUGACGACAUGGACCCCAGCACCUUUGAAGCUAAGGCUGCUAUGAUUUUGAACGGUUUGGGUUUCACCCAGGAGACAAUGAAGAAACCCACCAAGGACAUGUCUGGUGGUUGGCGUAUGCGUGUCUCUCUUUCCCGCGCUUUGUUCAUCAAGCCUUCUUUGCUUUUGUUGGACGAACCCACCAAUCACUUGGAUCUUGAAGCUGUUGUCUGGUUGGAAAGCUAUCUUGCCAAGUAUGACAGAUGUCUUGUCGUUACUUCCCACUCUCAAGAUUUCCUAAACAAUGUUUGCACAAACAUUAUCGAUUUGAAUACCAAGAAGCAAUUAACUUACUAUGGUGGUAACUUUGAUAUUUACAUGCGUACCAAGGAAGAAAACGAGACAAACCAAAUGAAGGCUUACCUUAAGCAACAAGAAGAAAUUGCCCAUAUCAGAAAGUUCAUUGCUGGUGCUGGUACUUAUGCCAACUUGGUGCGUCAAGCUAAGUCUAAGCAAAAGAUUAUCGACAAGAUGGAAGCCGCUGGUUUGAUUGAAAAGCCCGAGCCUCCUCGUUCUUUCAGCUUUGAAUUUGAAGAAGUACGUAAGCUUCCCCCUCCUAUCAUUGCUUUCAACGACGUUGCAUUCUCCUAUGAUGGUAACCUCGAUCACUCUCUUUAUCGUGACUUGUCUUUCGGUAUUGACAUGGACUCUCGUGUCGCUAUUGUCGGUAAGAACGGUACUGGUAAGUCCACUUUGUUGAACUUGAUUACUGGUAUGUUGAUUCCUGUUGAGGGUAAUGUCUCUCGUUACAGUGGUUUGAAGUUGGCCAAGUACUCUCAACACAGUGCUGACCAACUCCCUUACGAAAAAUCCCCUCUUGAAUAUGUCAGCGACACCUACAAAUCCAAAUUCCCCAAUAGAGAACUUCAACAGUGGCGUAGUGUCCUUGGCAAGUUUGGCUUGUCUGGUCAACACCAAACUAGUGAAAUCCGUACAUUAUCUGAUGGUUUGAAGAGCCGUGUCGUGUUCGCUGCUCUUGCCUUGGAAGAGCCUCACAUUCUUUUGCUCGACGAACCUACUAACCAUUUGGAUAUUACAUCAAUUGAUGCUUUGGCUGGUGCUAUUAAAAGAUGGAGUGGUGGUGUCGUUUUGGUUUCACACGAUUUCCGUCUUAUUGGCCAAGUUUCUAAUGAACUUUGGGAAGUUAAGGACAAGAAGGUUGUGAAAUUGGACUGCAACAUCGAAGAGUACAAGAAACAAAUGGCUAUUGAAGUCCAAUCUCAUGAUACCACUUCUAAGGUCAAGCACUUGGUUUAG